AUGGCGGCGCACCGCUCCUCCAGGACCUCGGACGCGUCUUUGUCGUUGGGCGCUCAGGCAGGCCCGCCCCUGCUCCUCACCUCCACCACCGUCUCCAAGUCGACCCUGGAGUCGAAGGCGAGCUCUCUGAACUCGCUGCCUCGCUCCACCUGCGGCGAAGACUCGCUGCCCCUCGCCGUGUUUUAUGGGCCGCUGGACGCUAGAAACCCGCUGCUGGCCUCCUGCGAGAAGGAGAUACAGGAGCUGCUGGGCUUCAUGAAGAGAAAGAAGGCCGUGGCGACCACGGAGGAGCUCAAGCACGAGCUCCGCCGGCGAGGUGCCGUGGCUUUGUUUAAUAUCUGGACCAAAUACGCACACCGACUGCCAGCUGACUAUUACGAUGAAAAGCUUCUGAAGGUUGGAGACAGCCUUUGUGAAAUGAAAGAAUAUAAAUUGGCCCUUUUGCAGUGUUACGGAAGAUAUCUUCAGCAGUUCAAUAUCAACUUUGAUGAGAAUAAAGUAGAUAUACAUCAAUUCAAAACUGUCUUUUUUCCAAAAGGCAUUGGAGACAAAACCGCUGCACACACAUUUCAUGCUUUAAAUGGCAAAAAUAUUUGCAGCUACCAGCUGGUCUGUAACAGUGACAUGAACCUGCAGAAUAAAGAAUCUGUGCUCCAGUGUCUGCAGAUUUUGUCCUCCUUACGGCUCAUCAUGCAGGUGGCGUUGCCACAGGAGGACCUUUGCUGGAUUAUCUUCAAUGGUACCGUUUACAUUUACACCAUUUGCAGAAAACUGAUGAUUAUAGGCCAGUCUUCCAAGGCCUUGGAAUAUCUCCUGUGGGCCAGUACGUGCAUGGAAUCCUCAGUCCCACUCCUGUCUGUCAGGUACCUGACGUGGAGAGCCACUCUUUACACUGCUGUCUGCCAGUGCUACUAUGACUGCCAGGCUUGUAUCCAUGGGGAGAUAUUCGCUCGGCGUGCUUUAGCUAAAAUUGAUGAAUUAAGGCAACUGGAAUUAAUGGGUUCCUCACAAUCGCCAGAAGCAUCCAGAAGAUACUACAGGGAGGCCACGAUAAAGAUGGCAGUGAUGAUCUUCAGAAGAGGGGUGUUUGAAUCCAGAAGAAAAACCAAGAGUUCCUUUAGACCAAAGAUAAGAACUAACCUAAAGGAAGUACAAACUUUGCCAUGGCCACGUACCACCACAGAACGGCUAUUGGAUGAGAUGUUUGAUAGCACUGCAUCCCGGUUUCUGGCUGUCUUGGAAGCUCUUUCUGAUUCAAAUAGGCGAACACUGCAAACUGGACCGAUUGUUACAGAAGAACUAGAAAUUCGUGAUGUUGUCUCAGAACUGUUUAUAGCGGGAAGAGAACUUUUAAUAAUGUCAAAUACUGGUACAGAGGGAAUGCUUGGUUUUCCAAAAACAUCUCUUCUGAAACUUAUUAUAGAAAGAAAAAAUGUUAUUUCUCUGGAUGCUGCUGUGAAAUUUAUAAAAUUAGCUUUUACCUACGAGGAAUGGUGUUUAUUUGUAUCUGCAGCUGGACACCUUAUUGAUUUUCUCCAGACACAGGAUGAUCCAGAGUCAAAGAAAGCAGAGAAGGAUUUAACUCUUCUUAUUGCAAUGGAACCGCUAAUCAACAUAAAGAGGAACAAAGGUUUGAUCUUUCCUUUGGAAAUCUACAAAGAAGGACAGUCAGCUUUUUACCUUAAAAAAAAUGUUUUUCACGAUACUUGUAUGAAGACUUAUGGAUAUUCAGAAGAUCUUUUCAGUUUAGCAACAACCUUGUAUUCCUGUGUCUGCACCUUUUCCCAGAAUGUUCAGCCUGAUAAAGAAAUCGUGGUGGACAUGAUAAUGUUCUUAUGGCAGAAAUGCAAAUUAGGAAUUCAGCGGCUCAGUAUAUCCAGAAAUGACUAUGCAAAAUUCGCCCAGAAAAUCAGUACUAACAAAUGGAUUUAUCUUCUGUGGCAGAUAAACGAAGUAAUUCACAGCUAUAAAAUGGAAGACAUUGAUGUCGUGGUGGUGGCAGAGGUCACGUUACGAUUAAGUGAAAUAUUGGAGGCUUUAGGAAACCCAACUAGAACAUUUAAAAAAUCUCUAGAGAUAUCUGUAAGCAAAGGGACUAGUGAAUUGCUUGGGACUUCGAAGGAGGGCACAGAAAUUCUUCCAAUAUUAAAGAAAACACCCUUGGAACAGUUAUUUUUGGCUUAUGAACUUCUUGACAAAGCAAUUGGUGCAAUAAAUUUCAAUUGCAUGUUAACUACUUUGCCAAAUGGAUUAUCAGUGUUUGACCAUUACUAUACCAAGUACACCGAUGAUGUAGCUGGAGACAUUUCCAAACCAGUCACAACAAAUAGUUUCAUGAUGGAUUUGCAUCUUGAACUAAUUCAAGCUCAGCACCAAAUAGCUGUUGUGCUUCUUGACCAGUUGCAAGUUUUGCAGACUCUGACCGUUAGCAAAAAUACAUCUUCCAAAAGUCCAGAAAAGCUAAAGCAACCUGGAAGCACUGAUUGUUUUACAGAAGUAAGUGUCAUGAACAAAAUAGGGAAGAACAAGUUGUCCAAAGCACUUUUCUUGAUGCGGAAGGCUCUUCUGAUAUUUGAGAAGGACACAGCCUCUACAUCCUCACAUGACUUUUUGAUGGAAGCAUAUUCUUUAAUUAAGAAGAUUGAAGUAGAACAAAAUGCCCUAUAUUUGUAUCAGAAAAAUGUGGAAAGUUCAAAAAGAAAGAAAAGCAAGGUCCCUCCUCCACCUAUCCUGCUGUCCCGAACUCAUUGUUCUGUGACAUUGAAACCUGCUCCAUUUAUUUCAGAUGUUAAGGUGUCGUGGUACUGCAUUUUGGGCUGCAAAGCAGAAGGGAGCUAUGGAAAAGUAAGACUAAACAAUAAUCAUCUCCCCAACUCAGGAGAGGCGAUACCAGCUGAUGGUAAAAGCGUUUUCGAAGUGAAAGGGUUAGAAACCAAUGAAAAGUAUGUCUUUGCCGUUGCCGCCUACUCGUCUCAUGGGAAGCUUGUCGGGGAUGCUGUUGGGGAGACGACCAAGCCAGUCCUGGUCUACCCGCCUCUUUCUGCCGUGACGGCUCGCAUGUACCUGACACAGGUUGCCUAUCAGACUGGUAACUAUGAGUUGGCUAAGAAAGUUUUCUCACCAGUCUGGGAUUACUUUGUCACUUCUCCGCCUCACAAUGAACAAUCUGUUAUUUCUUUAAGCAAUAUAAUAACUAUUACACAGAGAAGAUUACAUUCAGAUAUUUUGGCAGAGACUUCUUCAAUCCUCUUAUACCUUUUUCUCAGAAAUAUUUUUGUAACAAGUGACAUUAAAAUUAAAGAAGAAAAUCUUUUCUGUGAUAAUAUCAAAGGCAAUGAGAUUUUUCCUUCUCAACAAAUUGCUAGACUAAUUGAAUGUGAGAGAGUAUUAGUGGCAUUGGAACUUAGCAACUACCUAAACGACUCCAGUUAUGCCCUUCAAGCUGUGACUCAGUGUUAUGGCCUCCUUGCUCCUAUAAUCUACCACAAUAUUGUUUUGGUCCCUGUCGUACAGAUCUUGAUAAAGUGUAUGGUGGUUUUGCAGGGACUGCCAAAUGUCACCCACUCAAAGAAACAUAUGGCGAGUUUUCAAAGUGUGCAGCACAUGAUAGCGUGUUGUAUCUUCUACAUAACAAAGAUUCUGCGUUCAUGGAAGGAAUAUGACCUGGCAGUGAUUAUUAUAAAUUAUGCAAAAAAGAUGUUGGACAUCACACCCGAGUGCAAAUCUCUGUUUGGUACUACUGAGCAAGAAGAAACCCAAGAGCUGGGUUGUCCUAAGAAGUCUUCCAAGACUAAGAGGCCACAGCAGAUAUUAUCACCUGAAAAAAUAAAUGAACAGCUGCUCUUGUUGGAGACGCACCUUCUCAAACUGACAAAGCAAUAUGUUGCAGCUGAACUCUCAGGAACAGAGGACCCUAUAUUCCUUUACCCUAUAGUUUUAAAUUGGUCAGUCAAAGGUGCUGUGAAAGAAGUUAUGAAAUUUAAGCAGAGACCUAGAUUCCUGGAAUUUUUUACGCAAGUUAUGCUAAAAUGUAUGAAUGAUGAAAAGUUUUACCUUGUGGUGGAGAUCACCAAUCCUGUCUAUGACUUCUUGAAAAGGAGAAAUGAUUCCCUACUUGGAAUAAAAAGAAUGAAAUAUAAGGACAAUAUUUUGGGUAAAAAGGGGGCUAAACCUGUGAAAUUCAAAGCUGCAGUACUAGAGAUUGGGAGAAUUACAGAAAUACAAAAAAAAAGAAGUAAAAGACGUGGAACUCUAAGAGAUUUUUUAUCCAAAAAUCCAUUUGUUUCUGAAAUGUCGGAUCAUGAAAGAAAUAAGAGAACUGAUAUUAGAAAAAUAGCACAUCGACUCCUCGUGGACUACUUGAAUCCUGUAAUACUGAAUUAUAUUAAAAAGAAGAGGUUCCAUCAAAUAUGUCUUGAAGAGAUUCCCUGGAGAGCUCAGAUGAACCUGUAUCUGGCAAAUGCACACUUCAACCUGCUUUUAAUAAAGCUAAGGGAACGUAUGAAGAUGAAAUUUGGCACUUCCCAUGCAAUGGUCAGUUUCCGGUCAUGUGAUCCUAGUAUGUUCUCACUGUACAAUUCAGGAACAGUAUUACCAACAGGAAAAUUGACUCUGGAAAACUAUAAAGUGAUGCUUGAUUUCCUUCAUUCAGCUAAGAAAAGAAAGACAAAUUUACCAUCAGAUGCUGAAGAGUUUCCGACAUUUAUUGAUAUCAAAAUGAGUGACGAAAAUGAUUCUAAGACACAAACAGUUUAUGACUCAGACUUUCAAACAGUUUUUAGUAGUAGAGAAAAAGAUCGAGCUCCAAAUUUGGGUCUUUUGGAUCAUUUUAUGAAGAUCUUUUUAUAUUGCAGGAGAGCAAUGGUUCUGGCUCAUCGUGGCGGCUUUUGGACACUGCUUCAGAACUGCUGUCGGACCCUUUGGAACUUUACUCAGGAGCUACAGAUACUUCUUAAACAAGCAGUAGACAUGUAUAAAAUAUUUCCUGUUAGUCAAGACGGUUUCCUUUGUAUCUCUGUUUUACCAUUCUAUUUGGGAGCAGAGCUACUUAUUGACAUGUUAAUAGAACUACAAAAUACCAAUUCUAUUGAGAUUAUUGAAGAAAAAGGAGAGUUCAGUGUUCCAAGUUGCUAUGGAAAUAUUAAAAAUGAUAACGGCGGCUCUAGCCUUACUUUUGAGCAUCCUUUGGAUAAUGUAAACGUGGUUGACUUGAAGUGGAUCCAUGACUUUGUAUUAAAAUCUCUGGAACUUUUGUAUCAGGUAGAAAAAUGGGAAACACUAGUAUCGCUUGCCAUUCAGUUCAAUAUAAUUUCACAUGAGAGAUAUACAGAGCAAGUGACACCACUCCUGGUGUACGCACAGCGCCAGCUGCUUCUGAGAAUAUCCAAGUUUGAGGGCCCAGACAUUACCCAACAACCUUGUGUAAGAUACGAGGCUGAAUAUAAAGAGAAGAUAACCUGCCGAAAUUUUAUUGGGAAGCAACUCAAGAUUAAUCCUCCAAUCACUAAACUGACAGAUACUGGAAACGGCACAGAUUUCCUGAAAAAUCUCAUCCUUUCAGAAUAUAGCCGAGCCAGAGGACUCGUCUGUGUGCCCGUGGACGUGACAGACACUCUGAGAUGUUUUAGAGAGACUUUGGAAAAAUCCCGAUAUCAUAGCAGAUCAAUCCGACACAGCAGAAAGUUGCUUUCAUUGCUUCUUGCACAGACACAAGGAGACAAAGGAGUUAACAAUUCAAAAUUCUCUACUGGGAAGGUGGAGUUCUGCCUGGGGACAGAAGAGAUGCACAUGCCAACGCCCCCCGACCUUUCUCAGGAGCACUUCCGCGUCUUCAGUUCAGUGGAGAAGAGCAAACUCCCCUACUCACAACUCGGCCUCGUAAUUUCUUCAUAUUACAAAACUAUUGAGGUUCUCCAAACCAGCAAUCAGAGAAGUCUUAAUGUCCAGGCAUUGCAUCAGCUUGGAAAUCUUUUCGUCUUCGCAGGAAAGAAAAGGGCUGCUUUUAAAUGUUGGUGUCAAGCUCUUGAUGAGAUAUUCAGGAAGCAAGACGUGCUGCAUACGUGGAAAGAGUUGGGCCCCUCGCUCAGCUGUGCCCCCGAUGGCGGUUCACCUGCGCGUUCCAAAGACUACAGUGAGGAAUUCCUGUCAAGAGUUGGCAUUUGGGGAUGUUCGCAAGGGGCGGUCAUAUCGGCAAAGAUAGCACAAUUUACUAAGGUGUUGGACGUCGAGAAGAGAUCCAGCAGUUGCAUUUUGUCUGCAAUACUCUUCCAGGGUUUGCUGAGAACCACACUCCCACAUCCCAAAGCUGAGCGUUGCUAUGCGCAGUAUGAAAUCACUCAGCUUCUCCCAGGCAUCGAGCUCUUCUCGGAUGUACACCGCGCUGACAUCUGCUCUGUAGUGGCCAGUCUGUAUUAUGUGAUACGCGAACUGCACUUUGCUAAGCAAAAUAUAAUAAUUCUGCCUCUCCUUGCAUUGUACCAAUAUUUUGUCUCUGGAAUUUGCCAAGACUUGGUCAGAAAUCUAGAAGUAAGAAUCCUCAAGAUUGAAGUCCUUAUAGAUUUAAGAUUCUUUUCUGAAGCCUUUCAUGAGAUGUCCCAGAUUUUUUAUGGAAGAAACAUGCCUUCCUUAAUACCUGCCGGUUCUAAAGCUACUGGGAAAGUGAAGACAUUCCAAUCAUUUGACUCAGGAAAACCUCUUACUAGUAAAGAAAAUAUACAGGCACUUGAUGAAUUAAUAAAUAAAGGCAUGCCUCAAAUUCUGCUUACAGUUGGCCAUCAACACCUCUUAUAUAAGUUUUCUUUUGUUAAAGCAUACUUUUUAAUAAGUGUGGCUGCAACAAUAAAUUGUGUUCCAGAAAAUAUGAUAAAAAUAGUCAACCAAGGAUAUGUUUCUGAGAGGAGCAAAACAAACCUCUCCAACUUGAAAGAGCUAUGUGUGAAGGAUGAAGGAAGUACAUUUAUUUAUCCUAGAAAAGAGAAAGAUGAAUUAACCCUUAAUACAGUAAAGUCAGUUUUACUGACAGAAGCUGAAGACAGGCUCAACUCCCUUGUGUCAGAGAUGGAGAGUCCCGGCCGCAAGAGCCUCGCGCAGUGUUCGGCGGGCCAGCUGGAGGUGGUGGUGCAGGCCCGGCUUCAGCUGGCCGCCGUCGCCCUGCAGAGACACCGGGCGGCCUACAGUGCUGCAAUAGUAUUUUCCACACUUAAACUUCUCCAGGAUUCAAAACUUUUUAAAAAGGAGGUAGUAUCAGAUGACAGACAGACUUCCCUCUCUCCAGGAGCUUCCGCCACUGAAAACAAAGAUGAUUAUGAAUUUUUGGACCCUAUUUCCCUAAAUUCUCGAGAAUAUUUCAACAUCCACCUGUGGUUGAGGUGCCGCUUAGCACUGGUGACUGCGUUUGUUGCACAGAUUCAUGGCAUUGGAAUCGUGAAAGAAAAUGAUAUGACAGAUUAUGUGAGCCUCAUCAAUGAAGUGUGUGUGGAGGCAAAAAGUGCAGGCGACAGGGAGCUACAGGCUGAAUUCUUGAUGCAAGCGGUAAUUAUUGGCCUACAAGAAAAGCAGUUCAAGGCAGACAUCAUAACCAACCUUCAGGCCAUAAUACGUUUGCUUGAAGGAAACAAGUUUAUUUCUCCGCGAUCUCAUUUAACCCUGGUGAGGAGCUUGCUUUUGCUGGAUGACUUAACAAAAGCAGAGAAAUUCAAGGAAGCUUCCUCUUCAAAAACAGAAAAAUUAAAUUUGCUGACUCAGUCUCACAACAUUCUUAUUGAACAGAUGCUCAUUUUUGGAGAAACAAUUGAAUAUCACUCAUCAAACACUGACUAUGCAAGUCCCUUACAGCCUUUGAAAAAUGUCUAUCUUCCUCAUGUCAUGUUAUUGGCCAAAACAAAAAUGAGAAUUGGACAUACAGUGGCCAAGCAAGUAUACUACACCAGUAAAAAGAAGGAUUCCUCCAAGUGGUUACCUGCUCUUCAACACCUAGAAGUAGCACUGAAGCUCUGUAGGACCUCAGCAACAACGGAACAUGAGGUGGAAGCUGAAAUCCUUUUUCAGAAAGGCAAAAUAGAAUGUCAAAUGUUGAUGGAAGACAGAUCUCCAGAUUCGCAACUUGAGAGUUUAUAUGACGCUAUACAGCUAAGUUUGGACCACGAUCAAAACUCAGGGUUGAUAAGGGACUCCUACCUAGAGAUUGCCCUAUUAUAUUUACAUCUGAGAAAGGCAAAGAACAAAUUUGGAUCAGCACCAUCAACACCUAAGACUUUUACCAGAAGGCAUAGUUCUAUUAAAGAAACAACAGUAGAUGCAUUUGAAAUCUGCGGUUCACUGGCCUGGAUUGCAAUCAGAGCUGCUGCACAGGUCAGUAGAGCUGUGCUGGCAAUUAACCUGCUUAUCGGAAAGAAGAAUGCUAGAACCGAUCAAGUCAGUCAAGAGGCGUUACCGAACAUCCCAGAAUUUGCCACUGUGGACCUUUUGUCCUCAUACACAGAUUAUUUGCUUGAUAACUACCAAGUUGUCUUCCAGACUAGCUAUACAUUUUAUUACCAAAGUGAUGACCUAUGUGAGAACAUAGACGCUAUAAAAAAGACUCCAACUAAAGUGGAUAUUACGUGGAUUCUUCUACUGCGUUACUACAUCCACCUGCAAAGGAUUAAUAACAUGAGCAAGCUGCUAGCAUCUCCAAAGCCAGGUUCUGGGAUUUCUUUGCCAGAUGAUACACUUCUCACGUCCCUUUUCAACUCUGGGUUGAUUCUGCGCCAAAAAGAAAUGCAUAAUUUCCUUAGAAAGUUUUUGCAUCUGUACUCUUCCUCCUGUAUUGAUGAAUUUCCAAGAGCACUAUUUCAAGGAUUGGACACUCCACCUUAUUCAGAAAAAGUCUUAAAUGACCCAUCAGCCAAGGUAUCUCAUGAUAGUUCCAUACAUUCCAUUUUAUCAUCAAAGCUCGUGGACCUCCAAACUACUGUAGAGUCGAUGUCAUCAGAUAUGGCAACACAAGCUGUAAACAAAGAACUUUGCUUUCAGUGGUACAUCCCUCCCCUGGAAAAACCUCCAAAGGAAACAGAACCUAUGGUCCUGUUGUUGUAUGCAUAUAACAUGAAGCCCCUGAAGGUCUUGGAUGUGAACUGCACCAGUUACAGCAGUGCGUGCACUGGCUCUUUCUGGGUUCCACUGAGCAGAGUUAUUGCGAUUCAUGAGAAGCUCUCUAAUCUUACGCAAAUAGCUGAAAUAUCAUUGCCACCAAUUCCUGACGUUUCGGCAGAUGGAAACGUAUUAGAAAUAAGAGAAAUAGAAGUGAGAUCAAUUGAUAAAGAAAUGGAAAGCAUGAUUAUUAAGUGCUGCUCUGAAAUAAUAAGCCUGUUUGUGACCGAUAAAGAGACGUCACCACUGCGUGAGGUUCCGUUUAAGGUCUCACUGCUGGCCAUACUCAAUCUCGAGAGACUUUUCGAUCUUGCUAACGGCUGCAUCGUCUCGGGAGGAAGCCUUUUCAACUGGAUUGUGUCGAUUAUUCCCUGAACGUUCCUUGCGUGUUACCCUCACGAAGGAUUUCAUUGUUACUGUCUUCCUUGGUUUGAAAUAAGUUUUAGACUGUCUCUUACAACAAACAAAAUAAAAUUGUUUUCUUACCUAA